AUGAGACCAAAGCGGCCUAAAGAUUACUUGAAGAUUCGCACAGUUCGAAGGUUCUUCCAGGCAAUAUCAUCAACAACAAUAACGAAUAACAAUAACAAGAUCUUGUUGUCGUCAAGAGCAUUUGAUUUCAUUCUGUCGUCUGCUUUGCGUUGUUUUGUUGUCAAUGAAGCUUUGACGACAUCAAUGGCAAAAAUUUAA